AUGGUCGAUCGUCUUUACUGUAAGGGCCGUGUUUUGGGUUACGAACGUGCCAAGCGCAACCAAAACCCCAACGUUUCUUUGAUUCAAGUUGAAGGUGUUCAAACAACCAAGGAUGCUCAAUUCUACCUUGGUAAGCGUAUUGCCUAUGUCUACCGUGCUCAACGUGAAGUCAAUGGUUCCAAGAUCCGUGUCAUCUGGGGUCGUAUCGCUCGUACUCACGGUACCAACGGUGUUGUCAAGGCUCGUUUCCGUAAGAACUUGCCUCCCAAGGUCUUUGGUGCUUCCGUCCGUGUUAUGCUUUAUCCUUCCAACAUCUAA